AUGUAUAGUCAACCACCAAAAUCUAUUAUAUCUCGAAUAGUCGUUUUAUUAGCUGCUCUAGCCGCAUUCAUUAUUAAAUGCAAGGCGGCAACCUUAGCCGAUGAUGAUAGUAAAUUAACAGCAUCUCUGCCUACCUUAGAAGAUCUGGCCCAUCUCGAUUUUGCUUGGGCAAAACAAGUAUUGCAUGAACACAAUAACGACAAUGACACUAGCGAUACUGACACUAGCGAUACUAACACUACCGAUAAUGAAGAGUUUAUAAAGCAGGGCUUUUAUGAGCUCUUAGAAUUCAACCCUUGUAAUCUUAAUCGGGUUAUCAGGGCGGCCUCUCUACUAAAGCCUCUACUCAGCCCUCUUAACUCGUACUAUCGCAUUCCAUUUCCUUCUAUACAAUCUGUCUCAGAUGUUCUUAUGUUAUACACUGCUUUAAAUCAACUGCCAAGGUCUAAUCAACCAACUACUCAAUCAGAGAUUAAUAAGAAACACAUUGGUUUCCUUGAAAAUCUCAGCUGGUGGAUAUCUACUAAUUCAACAAGUAUAUCUUUUGUUAAUGAGCUUGAAUUGUUGUGUUUAGAUCCAGCAGUCUACACCGAACUUACCAACAAAACUCCAGAACAGAAUGAAGAAAGUCUACCACUCCUUGAACACAAAUAUUUGAAACUUAACGACAUUCGGGCCAGUCCGCUAAUCAAAUAUAUUCACCCAGUUAAUAGACAACUUUAUUCCCAGAAACUCACGUAUCGCUACAACAAAGAGAAAAAGGAGCUCGAUGUAGUUUCUUGGGACUGGAAUAAUAUUCAUGAUCACAAUACACUAUUAAUAAGUAGCUUUACUGAAUGUACCUUUGAAGACGCCGUUCGAUUAAGACACUUCUCCAAUGACGACUUCUUCAUAACAGCCAGUAGUAGAGACUUUAACUUGUUCACUUCUGCAAUGGCAACUUGUCCGGGUAUGCCUAGCCAACCAAUGUUCAGACAAACCAAAGACCGCGCAAUAGAUAGGUUCAAAGAUUACGAAGGCACAAAACAACAUACGCAAGAUAGCAUGACUCCCGAAGAGGUCGAAAUGUUCAUGAAAUCCGAGCAACGAGAAAAAGCUCGCGGAUCAAUUGGCAAAUUGCUUUGGGGAGUUCUGGCUGACCUCCAACUUGCAGCUAUUAUAUUUCAAGUUCUAUUUUCUUCUCACGCCAUGAUAGUUUACCUGAUUCCAAUUAAUAUACUGAUAUUAGCGUUCGUAAUUGCUAUUGCACUUGCCGGUUGGCCGGAACCUCUUCAAGGCCGGCGUCGCGAUAGGUCUUGGCAAUACAAACUGUUCUCUUUUCUUGUGGGACUAUCAUUCCUUUUCCUUCUGGCCUUCUUUAUAGUGCAGACAAUGGUUUACUUUAAGAAUGAUGGCGUGAAUUUAUUCGAUAUGGCAAUUCUAGCCGUGCUGUUAUUUGCCCCGCUGAUUACAAUAAGCUGUACUACUGUUCGAGGCGCAAUUAAUCAUCGCUGGCCGUCCAUAACCCGGCGUCUCCAUUGGGUAUUAUAUACGAUGUCCUUCUUAAUGGUAGCUACUAUACCGAUCUUUGCUCGCUUUAUUUCGACCUACGAUGCACGUAUGCUUCUUGAUGGCCACAUUCUACUCGUUUCGUCCAUUGUUUUUGGUGUUGGACUCCUUCUCCAUGCCUUUGGCUACUGGCUUGAUGAAGGUCUAAAAGACGAUGGUGCCAAGCGUACUACUGGAACAAUACUAGCCCAUAUUCUCAAACUAACGAUUAUUUCCCUAAUAAUGGGCGGUUUGUUUGGAUUAUCUAUCUGGGCUAUCUAUCAUUACGAGUUAUUGGCCGAUCCUAUCACUGAGAUCAAGAACUAUAAUCCCUCCGGCUCAUUGAAGAUGGCAUCGUCACUAUAG